CCCUUUCCCAAAUAUUCCUCCCGCCCCAUACUUUUAAAUCCCAGCUUCAUGACGAAUCUAGUCCCGUCUUUCGGAGAAUAUUUUUGGCAUCCUCCUAUUAGGGGAACGUGACUGCAGCCCAAUCAGCUCGCAGCUCUUGUGUGUGUUGCUAGGCAGAUUAUGGUAAUUAGGCCAACAGAACACCCCCCCCCCGCUCUGCAGCUACCAUUGUGAGGUGAGGACAGGUGGGCGGGUUUCGUCUGCGGUGGGGCCCUGGGAACCGGCUCGGACACGACACCCUCACUGAACCCCCUCAGCCAUGGUACAGAAGACUACGUCGUCUCAAGAGGCAGCAGACAGAUGAAUCUGUUCAGACAAGCGCACUUCCGAUAAUUAGCUAGUGUACCGUGGAGCCCCACAGCAGAGAUGACAUGGACUUGAAAGAGGAGACAGCGCAGGUGUGGUCUGAAUCAGCUGAGCAGCAACAGAACACUGCUCAGGUCCACUUUGUCCCUGAAGAUGGAGCAGUGGCUCAGAUCGUGUACAGCGACAAUCAGGACCGUCCUUCACAGCAGGUGGUCUACACAGCCGACGGCACGUCGUACACCUCGGUGGACACCUCGGAACAUACGCUAGUUUACAUCCAUCCCGUGGAAGCCACACAGACUCUGUUUACAGAUCCAUCCCAAGUGGCUUACGUGCAGCAGGAUGCAGCUACACAGCAGGUGUCAAUCCCUGUGCACAGCCAGGUUUUGCCUCCUAUGGAGGCUGUGGAUGAGCCUGGUCCUCUUGAACCUUUGCACAAUCCAAUGGAUAGUAUGUCAGCGAAAGAGGAAAAUGAAGAUGAUGAGGAUGAAGAUGAGGAAGAAGAGGAAGAAGAGGAAGAAGAAGAAGAGGGGGAAGAUUCAGACAUGGAUGAAUGGGAUCCGGAUCCACCUCGUCCAUUUGAUCCUAAUGACCUCUGGUGUGAAGAGUGCAACAAUGCACAUCCCUCAGUCUGCCCAAAACAUGGGCCCCUGCACCCGAUCCCGAACCGACCCGUCCUUACAAGAGCCAGAGCAAGCCUCCCCUUAGUGCUUUACAUAGACCGAUUUUUGGGAGGAGUGUUCUCCAAACGACGCAUUCCGAAGCGCACACAGUUUGGCCCCGUGGAAGGACCCCUGGUGAGGCAGUCAGAGCUUAAGGACUGCUAUAUCCAUCUAAAGGUGUCCCUUGACAAAGGUGACAGGAAAGAUCGAGACCUACAGGAGGAUCUCUGGUUUGAACUGUCCAGCGAGGCUCUUUGCAACUGGAUGAUGUUUGUGCGCCCUGCCCAGAAUCACUUGGAGCAGAACCUUGUAGCGUACCAAUACGGCCAUCACAUUUAUUACACUACAAUUAAAAAUGUGGAGCCCAAACAGGAACUCAAGGUGUGGUAUGCUGCCUCUUAUGCAGAAUUUGUCAAUCAGAAGAUCCAUGACGUAUCUGAAGAAGAAAGGAAAGUUCUCCGAGAGCAAGAAAAAAACUGGCCAUGUUAUGAGUGCAACCGACGGUUCAUGAGCUCAGAACAGCUCCAGCAGCAUCUCAACUCUCAUGAUGAAAAGAUGGAUUUCUUCAGCAGAGCAAGAGGGAGGGGUCGUGGGCGAGGAAAAAGAAGAUUUGGACCAGGCCGGCGACCGGGCCGCCCUCCUAAAUUCAUGCGCUUGGAUGUGGCCAGUGAAAAUGGAGAAAAGUGUGCAGAAGAGACUCAGGACUUACUGCAUUUCUCCAGCAAGGGGCAGUUUGAGGAGGCCGGGCAAACGACCUUGAAUGGACUUGACCAACAGGAACAGACGCCGGUGCCACCAGAGGCGCCCUCGUCUCUGGAUCCCCCAACUGAGAGCCAGCCGUUGCAGCUCCAGCCGCACGAACAGACGAUGGCACCUACCCAGAGCCUGAUGACAGCAGAUGACAUACGGCGAGCAAAGCGCAUCCGGAAUGCAGCUCUCCAGCACUUAUUCAUCCGGAAAUCAUUCCGUCCCUUCAAAUGCUUGCAUUGUGGGAAGGCAUUCCGUGACAAGGACAAGUUAGAUCAACACUUACGCUUCCACGGGCGGGAAGGAAAUUGUCCUCUGACCUGUGACAUUUGCAACAAGGGCUUCAUUAAUAGCAGUGCCCUGGAGAGUCAUAUGAAGUUCCACUUGGACCAAAAAACCUAUUCCUGCAUUUUCUGCCCUGAGUCCUUUGACCGCUUAGAUCUGCUGAAAGAUCAUGUGGCGAUCCAUGUUAAUGAUGGCUGCUUCACCUGCCCUACUUGUAAAAAGCGCUUUCCAGACUUUAUCCAGGUCAAGAAACAUGUGCGUAGCUUCCACUCUGAAAAGAUCUACCAGUGUACAGAAUGUGAUAAGGCCUUUUGCCGCCCAGAUAAACUUCGGCUCCACAUGCUGCGACAUUCUGAUCGCAAGGACUUCCUGUGUUCAACGUGUGGCAAGCAGUUCAAGAGGAAAGACAAACUCCGAGAACACAUGCAAAGGAUGCACAAUCCAGAAAGGGAAGCUAAGAAAGCCGACCGGAUCAGUCGCUCCAAAACAUUCAAGCCUCGGAUUGCGUCUACUGAUUACGAGAGUUUCAUGUUCAAAUGUCGCCUGUGCAUGAUGGGUUUCCGGAGGCGAGGCAUGCUGGUGAAUCAUUUAUCAAAGAGACAUCCAGACAUGAAAAUAGAAGAGGUGCCGGAGCUAACCCUGCCUAUCAUCAAGCCCAACAGAGAUUAUUUCUGUCAGUACUGUGAUAAGGUUUAUAAGAGUGCCAGCAAACGCAAAGCCCAUAUUCUGAAAAAUCACCCAGGUGCAGAACUCCCACCAAGUAUUCGGAAGCUACGACCAGCAGGCCCAGGAGAACCAGAUCCUAUGCUAAGUACACACACACAACUGACUGGAACCAUAGCGACACCUCCUGUUUGCUGUCCUCACUGUUCCAAGCAGUAUAGCAGUAAGACCAAGAUGGUGCAACAUAUUCGCAAGAAGCACCCCGAGUUUGCUCAAAUGCCAACUAACACAAUACACGUGCCCUUGGCGACUGCGGUCAUUAGCACUGCCCCUGCAGUUUUAACUGCUGACAACACUUCCGGAGAGACUGUUGUGACAACAGACUUACUGACACAAGCAAUGACGGAACUGUCACAGACUCUGACGACAGACUACCGAACCCCGCAGGGUGAAUUUCAGCGAAUCCAGUACAUCCCCGUGUCCCAGUCCACUGGUGGCUUGCAACAGCCUCAGCACAUCCAGCUGCAAGUAGUUCAGGUGGCUCAGGCUACCUCACCUCACCAGUCCCAGCAUUCCACAGUAGACGUUGGGCAACUGCAUGACCCUCAGACCUACGCCCAGCAUGCCAUCCAAGUGCAGCACAUCCAGGUCACGGAACCCACACCUGCCACUGCCUCCUCCUCACAGGUGGGAAGUCAGCCCUUGAGUCCUUCAAGCCAACCCUCUCAGCAGGAACUCAGUCCUUCCCAGAUGCAGACAGCCGCCUCGUCACAAAGCCAAUCUCAGCCAGGCACCUCAGUCCAGCAAACGUAUCUCCCCAGCACGUGGAACUCAUUCCGCAGCUAUUCCUCUGACAUUCAGAUGGUGACCAUCCCACAGGGGCAGUACGUGAUUGCAGAGACCGCGGUCGGCACACCUGUCACUACAGUGAACACAGGGCAAGUGAAAGCCGUCGCUCCGACGCACUAUGUCAUAGCUGAAAGUCAAUCUGAACUGGAUGUCAAGCCAAACCUCUCUCUUUCCAGUGCUGUUGAAGUAGAUUUGUCCCAACCUCCAUCACAUUCUGACUCCCUAGAAUCACAGGCAUCCAGCCAGCCCCAAACAACGCAAUACAUCAUUACGACAACGGCCAAUGGCAACGGAAGCAGCGAGGUGCACAUGGAAAAGCCAUGAACUCCCUUUGUGGCAGCGAAAGGAGGAAAUCUAUUUGGACCAGCUGACUGUUCAGGUCAUAAUUUCCAAAAUACCAGGGCACCAAGAGCUGCUUUGAAAAGUUCACUGGCAUAACUUGAGCGCCGAUCCUUUGCAAAUUUGUUAGUCUGAAUGAUACUUGAAGAAGACACUUUGAGGAUGCCACCACCUGCUGGAGCCUGUGAACAAAGUCUGAUAAAAAAAAGAAUGGAAAUGAAUCUUCUUCUGGAUGCCCUCCUCUGCCUGCUUCUCCAGGGAGAGCCUUGUUUUUCCCAGUUGCAGAAAGAUUUUCAACAAUGAAGGAAAAGGUUUUCCAAAUUUCCACCUGGUGACAGAAUAUAGCUCAUGCACAUUUCCAGUACAUACACUUUUAAAAGUCUGCCUCGGUAGCUAGUUACAUUUCAGUUGACAUUAUUUGUAAGUUGCUAUGGAAGGAAGGGAAUGUACCAGAUUUGGGGAGAAGAAAAGGAAAAGCCAGUUGCAAGGAAAGAAUGAGCAAAUGGCGGACUUACUUCCCCCAGUGCGUGGGACAGGCAGAAAAGCGAAACUGUGAAGCUAUGUAGAAGCAAUUAAAUUAUUGGGUUUUUUUCUUUUGUUCGUUUUUUAAACCUUGUGAACUGUUUACAUGCCAUCUGCAUCACCCCAAUUGAUACUCAAUUCUGGAGAGCAUGAGGGAAGCAGUCAUGGGGGGGGGGACUCCCGCCCUCAAACUGGAAUCAGAGAAGCAUAUAAAGGUGAUGCUGAGUUUCACCCUUCCUCUUUCCAUGCCCCCUCAGUACGAAAGGGAUGAUUUCUUUUUUCCUGGAAAACCAAUAAUAAUAAUAAAAAAAAGCUCAGUGAUGUU